GGAGCCUCAGAGAAGUAAAGCCGGGCAGCAGCAGCAGCAUCCACUCAGUCAGUCCACUCUGCCAGCCCGGCUGGAGCACACUCUGCGGUCCUGAGGAGGAAGGCACCGAGCCCACGGUCUUCCCCGACCGGGUCUACUUGUUGAUUCGCAGCAGGACGAGGAGGAGGAGGAGGAGGAGGAGAAAGAGGAGGAGGGGGUACGCACUGGACGUGACGUGUUGGUUGAAAAACGAAGAGGAGAGGAGCUAUACAUUUCUAUCAUGUCUCUACGCUGCUCAUGAUGCCUUCAUCAGACCCUCAGCUUCGUGCAGGAGAUCCGGACGUGUUGGCCACCUUUUGACGCGGGUGUUCCUGGGAGGAAGAUGCCUCACGUGCAUGACUUACAGGAGGCACACCAAGGAGAAGAUCUCAGACCCUGAUGAGGUCCCCCAAAGGACCAUGUCUUUUUAACCCCCACCGGACCGCACCAUCUCGCCUUUUGCACAAGUGAAAGAUGAUCAAAGCGGCGUCCAGGUCGGCUGUCACGCUGCCGCCGGACACGAUGGAUAUCAUCCGCAGCAAGCACACCCGCCGAGUGAGGCUCAAUGUCGGGGGUCUCCUCCAUGAGGUCCUGUGGAGGACGCUGGACCGGCUGCCCCGUACCAGACUAGGCAAGCUGCGGGACUGCAACACCCACGACUCCAUCAUGGAGAUAUGCGACGACUACAGCUUGGACAGCAACGAGUACUUCUUCGACAGACACCCCGGCGCCUUCACGUCCAUCCUCAACUUCUACCGCACGGGGAAGCUGCACAUGAUGGAGGAGAUGUGCGCCCUGUCCUUCAGCCAAGAGCUGGACUUCUGGGGCAUCGACGAGAUCUACCUGGAGUCCUGCUGCCAGGCCAGGUAUCACCAGAAGAAGGAGCAGAUGAACGAGGAGCUCAAGAGGGAGGCGGAGAACUUGAGGGACAGGGAAGGCGAGGAGUUCACCACCACGUGCUGCUCGGAGAAGAGGAAGAAACUUUGGGACCUCUUGGAGAAGCCCAGCUCGUCGUUUGCUGCGAAGAUCCUGGCGAUCAUCUCCAUCCUCUUCAUCGUGUUGUCCACCAUCGCCUUGUCCCUCAACACGCUUCCAGAGCUGCAGUACACAGAUGAGUUUGGUCAUCCCACAGAUAACCCCCAGCUGGCCCACGUGGAGGCCAUCUGCAUCGCCUGGUUCACCAUGGAGUACCUGCUGCGCUUCCUCUCCUCACCCAACAAGUGGAAGUUCUUUAAGGGUCCGCUGAACAUCAUCGACCUGCUGGCCAUCCUGCCCUAUUACGUCACCAUCUUCCUGACGGAGUCCAACAAGAGCGUGCUGCAAUUCCAGAAUGUCCGACGUGUGGUUCAGAUUUUCAGGAUCAUGCGGAUCCUGCGUAUUUUGAAGCUGGCUCGUCACUCCACGGGUCUUCAGUCUCUGGGCUUCACCCUCCGCAGGAGCUACAACGAGUUGGGACUGCUUAUCCUUUUCCUGGCCAUGGGUAUCAUGAUCUUCUCCAGUCUUGUGUUCUUCGCCGAAAAGGAUGAGGAGGACACCAAGUUUAAAAGCAUCCCAGCGUCCUUCUGGUGGGCUACCAUUACAAUGACCACCGUAGGCUAUGGAGAUAUUUAUCCCAAAACCCUGCUGGGAAAGAUCGUAGGGGGGUUGUGCUGCAUCGCUGGGGUGCUGGUGAUCGCCCUGCCCAUCCCCAUCAUCGUCAACAACUUCUCUGAGUUCUACAAAGAACAAAAGAGGCAGGAGAAAGCCAUCAAAAGGAGGGAAGCCCUAGAGAGGGCAAAGAGAAACGGCAGCAUCAUCUCCAUGAACAUGAAGGACACCUUUGGACGCAGUGUGGAUCUGAUGGACAUCAUGGUGGAGAAAACGGAAGCCGGGAAAAAGGUGCAAGUCAACCACGUGACUCAUUCGCCGCAGAAAGGGAAGCCUCAACCCCAGUCUGAAGCGAGCCCCAGCAAGCAGAACCUGGAAUCAAGCCACCAGGAGCAGGCGAAACCUGCAAGCAACCCUCAGCAUCUCAGCGCUCAGACACUGGAGGAGAUGUACGACAAAAUGGCCAAGACCCAGUCGCAGCCGGACCUCAACGGCAAGGACAAGCCUAAAGCUGGGAGGCAGAGAGCUGAAUUUGAGAUGGCAGCCGUGACGGACGUGAGGAACAUGUCCAGCAUCGACAGCUUCAUCAGCUGCGCCACCGACUUCCCUGAGAGCUCUCGCUUCUCCCACUGCAAUAAUCCCCUGAGGGUCAGCACCAAUCCAAGUCUGGAGCCCACCUUGGAGAAUGACAAUGAGGACAGCGCGACACCCCUGACAGGACAGAGCCCCAUGGGUCUGCGUUGUAGCAAUCCACUCAAGGCCCACUCGGUGAGGGCUAGUAGGUAUUCAGGGACGGGGGUCCUCUCAGAUGGUUCCUCACUGCAGAGUCCAGAGGUGUCGGUCUACACGACUGCAAGCAGCAGGACGCCCAGCAAGAGUCCGGAGAAUUUACCACCGAACAUCUUCACAUUCCACGACGCUUCCAUCAACAAGUUCAUCGACGCCGACACGGACGAGGAGGAGCACCUGCACGACGGAUCGACAAUCAGCCCGGCGCAGAGACUCCUGGGAAGAAUCAGUCCCAGAUUUGGCCACCGGGGGGCAAACCACAUGGAGGGCCUCCAGCGGAAGCUGGGGAACAGCACGAUGCCGCUGGACGGGCAGGAGAACCACGUGGCUCAGGAGGGACGGCUGCUUCAGGGAGACAUGAGCCAUUCCAAAACGUUUAACAAGUGAGGACACACGCGAAGCACAGAGACCUCGAAGAAACAACACAUCCUAAACUUUACUGCAUUUGAAGGAUUGACUUCUGGAUGACUGCAAAGGUUUUUGUGUUCGACAUAAAUUCCACCAGAGGUUCUAACGGUUUUAUGAGGAUUUAGUAGGAUUUUGUACAAAAUGCACUGUAAAUAGUAGGAGACUGACAGUUUAGAUCUUACUUUAAAACGACUUACUUUAAAGCGAUCGCCCAAAAUCCUUAACCCAUCAUCCUAAAUCAGCGUGUCCAAAGUGCACCGUGGGGGCCAUUAGCGGCCUGCGGCUCUUUUUUAUUGGCCCAUGGCACAUUCUAAAGAUGUAAUUUAACAAGAAAACACACAAAAUAAAAAACAAUGGCAAAAAUGGGAAAAUCUGUAGUAAUUUUGAAAGAAUGAAGUCAAAAUAUUAAGAGAACAAAAAAUCAGAAUUUUUGAAAAAUAACAUAGUUUUAGUGGCAUAGAGUCGAAUUACUAACGAAAAAAGACGUGAUAAAUGGUCAUUUUCGGGGAAAUUAGGUUGCGGAAAACAUUACGGGAAUAAAGUCGUAAUAACGAGAGGAACAUUCUCAAGAAGGAAGUUGAAAUAGUUGGCAAAUGUAAACAACAACAGAGAUGGAAAAAAACAGCUGUAAUUUUACCAGAAUAAAGUCGCAAUAUUAACAGUGAAAAAAAGACGUAAUCUAACGAGGAAAAAAGUAGCAACUUUACAAGAAUAAACUAAUUCUCUAAACUCUAUGCUACUAAUGUCAUUUUAGUAGCGUAGAGUUGAAAUAUUAAAGAAACAAUAUAUAGUUUUUAAAAAAGUUUAGGUUGCGGAAAAAGUAGGGAUGCUCUGAUCAGGGUUGUAUGCUGCCAAUUCCGAUACCGAUCGACCAUCAGUGAGAUCGGCUGAUACCGAUCAUAUGGAUUAACUGUACACUUUUCGGUGUAUUUACGAUGAGUGGUAUUGGUCAGGGGCGCCAUUAGACAAUCCCAAGCGCCCCUGGCAAAUACAGUAGGUAGUGAUUAAAAAAUAAACAUUUGGGCACAUUGUUGUUUUUUUUGCCUUUAUUUGUGUGAAACAAUUUUUGUACUAUUUGACACAAACCCGAAUUUAAUUUGAUGCAGGUUUUGUACUUAUACAAAUACACGGGAAAUAAACUGUUCAAUAAUAAUUUUUUUACUCAAGAUAACAAAAUGAACAGAAUAAAUUGAGUGAGCAGGUUGCAGGGGGUCCAACUUUCAUCACUAUUAGAGAUGUCAACUAUUUGUCUUUGAAAACUAUUUUGGAGUCCAAAGACCAGAAGCUUGGCAGAUAACUUGCCAGCGGGCCGAUCAAUCAGAGCAUCCCUAGAAAAUGUUAUAUUACGGAAAUAAAAUAAAAAUAUUAUGGAAAUAAAGACAAUUUAUAAAGAUUGUGGAAAGAAGAAAGUUGCAAUAUUUUGGAAAAAAACAACAGGAAAAAUGGUGAAAAAAAAGUUGAAAGUAAUAAUGGGCUUUUCCACCUUUAGCACAAAGCUGAGAUGCAGUUUUUUAUUGAAAUAUAUAUAGAACUUUUUAGCAUAUCUUUACAAAAUAUCAAAGUGGCAAAGUUGCAUCUUUUGAUUUUUCAUUAUGUGGUCCUCGCUGGAAACACGUUUGGACACCCCUGUCCUAAAUGCUCUGUCAUGAAGCCAUAAGAGACCACUUUAAACACGUUACAUGUCCUAAAAUGGACCCUAUACAGCUUUGUGCUUGACUGUCCCAAAGGGAGGUACAAGAAACAUUUUGGAGUGGUUGUUAUGCGAGUGUCCCAUAUGACGGUGUAUUAGGGCCACAUUGAAAAAAAAAAAUCUGAGCUUUGGAGAAUAAAGUUGGAAAUCUACGAGAAUAAAGUUGUAAAUUUCUGGAAAAAAAAGUAUUAAAUUUACCAGAAUAAAGUGGUAAAUUUACGACAAAAAAGUGGUAAUAUUACGAGAAUAACGUCAUAAAUUUCUGAGAAAAAAAGUCUUACAUUUCCGAGAAAAAAGUCGUAAAUUUCCGAGGAAAAAGGUGUAAUAUUACGACAAUAAAGUCGUAAAUUUACGAGAAAAAGUCACAAUAUUACGAGAAUAAAGUCGUAAAAUUACAAUAAUAAUGUCAUACAUCCAUCCACCCAUCCAUUUUCUAUACCACUUCUCCUCUUUUGGGUCGCGGGGGCAUGCUGGAGCCUAUCCCAGCUGACUUCGGGCGACGGGCGGGAUACACCAUGGACACAUGUACAUGUAAAAAGUCGUACAUUUACAGGAAAAAAAAGUGGUAAUAUUACGAGAAUAAAGUGGUAAUAUUACGAGAAUAAAGUGGUAAUAUUACGAGAAUAAAGUGGUAAUAUUACGAGAAUAAAGGGGUAAUACAGUAUGAGGUGUGAUGGUGUCAUACGUAUCAGAGGGAAAACAGAUCAUAGCUCUUCAGGAAGGAAGGAAACUUUCCUCUUGCUUCAGGCAAGCUUUUAUUUAUAACGUGGCAGCAAAACACAGCAGUUGAGCAUUUAGCAUUUAGAUUAGCCCUCCUCACUUCCUCCUUCCUUACCCCGCCCCUUCCACAUGCCCAAGGCCAAUGCUACAUAAGUCUUUCAUUUUCAUAGCUGUCCAAGUUAGCAGUUUUUUUUCUCGCAAAUGUAGGACUUUAUUUUCGUAAUAUCACGUUUUUUCUCGUACAUUUAUGACUUCAUUCUCAAAAUCUUUGAUUUUAUUUUUCAAUGUGGCCCUAAUACGCUGUGGUAAUCCCAGGACAUGGUUUCUCCAAAAUGGUAAGCUAGCUCAUUUCCACUAGUGUAUUUUCUGCCAUUAUAGGCCAUUUCAAACCCAGUUAACAAUUCUAAAUAUUACACUUCAACUCUUCUUACUGUAGUUCUUCAUUGAAUUUACUAUAUAAAACAAGACAGGAAAUAUCGCUAUCGUUGCUUUUAGCCUUCAAAUUGCUAUAAUUCUCGCACAAAACCCCCACUGUAACUUUCGGGUGUUGCGUCAAAUCACUGCCAAAUUUGGUACACACCUUCAGGGGACCGGCAAGCACACGUGUGUCAAAUUUGAGCGAGACUGGUUGAAAAACAUGGCCGCCAUCAAGCAAAACAUGUGCAGGGGCGGGACUUGGCAAGUAAUUGUCCAUCAGUCAUUGGUCAUUUGUUUAAGGAUUACAAAACUGUGAGGAUAUCUUCAUGACAUGUAUGCUAGCAUGUCUUCCAAAGCAUUUGACCACAACCCAUAGGGGGUGCCGCUAAUGGGGUGUCCUAAUUUGUUCGCAUUUUGUCACAUACUCCUAUUAUUGACUUUAUUGUACUAUUUUUAAUCGUUCAAGACAUAAUUCAAUUGUAUAUAUUGUGUUGCAUUUUUCUGGUCAUAUUUUGUGCAUUUUCAAAGAGUGAUCAUAAAACCAUAACAUAUUGAUUAGCCAGUUGGAACCCAAUACGAUGAAUCACAUUUUGUACGAUUUUCUACUAAAUUCUCAUGUUCAAAACCACUACUAUUAUUACUGUUGUUGUAGCCCAGAUUUUUAUCUAAUAGUUACCACCUCACUGAAGGACUUUUACAGACAAAAGCCUAUUUUUGUGGGAGGUUGCGGGGUAUUAGUUAAAAAAACAAACAAAGGGCAAACCAGAGGGCAUUGAAACGUGACAUGAAACUAUUGUAGUGUGAACAGUUUAACCCAAAAUCUUUCAUAUCCUUGGCAAAUAUGGAGUUCCAUCCAUCCAUCUUCUACCGCUUAUCCGAGGUCGGGUCGCGGGGACAGCAGCCUAAGCAGGGAAGCACAGACUUCCCUGGCCCCAGCCACUUCACCCAGUUGCUCCCAGUGGAUGCAGAGGCCAGUUGAGAGACAUAGUCUCUCCAGUGUGUCCUGGGUCUCCCCUCUACUAGUCUACCAUGCCCUGAACACCUCCCCAGAGAAGCGCCCGGGAGGCAUCCUCACCAGAUGCCCGGGCCACCUCAUCUGGCUCUUCUCAAUACGAAGGAGCAGCGGUUCUACUCAGAGUUUCUGAUGUUUAUCUCAGAGGGAGAGCCCAGUCACCCUAUGGAGAAAACUCAUUUCGGCUGCUCGUACCCGAAAUCUAGUCCUUUCAUUCACUACCUAAAGCUCAUGACCGUAGGUGAGGGUAGGAACGUAGAUGACCGAUAAAUUGAGAGCUUUGCCUUUCGGGUCAGCUCUCUCUUCACCACAGUCGACCGAUGCAGAGUCCGCACCAAUUCGCCUGUCGAUGUCGCGUUCCAUCCAUCCCUCACCUGUGAACAAGACCCCGAGGUACUUAAACUCCUUCACUUGGGGCAGGAUCUCAGCUCAGCUCAUCUGGAGAUGGCACUCCACCCUUUUCUGGGAAAGAACCAUGACAUGAACCAUGAUGAUCAUGAAAACCAAAUAUGGAGUUAGUGUACUUUUAUUUGCUAAGUUGGUAUCUUUUAGUUGGAAAUGACAGAAGAAAGAGACAAAAAUGAUGAGAAUGCAGAAUACUUUCCAUUAAUACAACUUGUGGACCAACUUUACACCCUUGGCAGGGUCCUUGAGGGCACAUGAGAGUAUGCCCAACCAGUCCACAUGUGUUUUGUGAUCCCGUCAUCUGGGAGAAACUCUGAUUAGAACCACUGCUCCUCCGCACUGAGAGGAUCCAGAUGAGGUAUCUUGGGCAUCUGGUCGCUUCCCUGGGGAGGUGUUCAGGGCACGUAUGACCAAUAGGAGGCCUCGUUGGAGAGACUAUGUCUCUCAACUGGCCUGGGAACGUCUUGGGAUCCGCCAGGAGAAGCUGGAUGAAGUAGCCGGGCAGAGGGAAGUCUGGGCUUCUCUGUGUAGACGAUGGAUGGAUGGGAUACAACUUGUUAUGGUCUUUUGCGAAGUUCACAAGGGAUACAAAAAUAACUUUUUGGCCAGGGUAUGAAUACUUUGGGGGUUAACUGCAUGUAAUUGUGUCCAGAAAAAGAAUUUUCUUUAUGUUUUGGAUAAAAAGCACAACAUUUGGCGACACAGUACAUGUUUUUCAUUGGACAAUGAUGCUAUGUUGUAGGGGGGAUCUGCAGUAUCCCGAUGAAGUGUUACAAGGUUUAAUUGUGUCAUUACUCCACAACACUUUGUCUAAAUUCUUCAAAACUGGCCUUGGUUGACCUGGUCUGUAAUUUGAUGUCUGUAUAGGUUGAGCAGAUGCAGUACAUGCUGUAUGAAUGUGUGCAAUAAUGAUCUGUUGUCGUGUUAUCAGUGUGAAGUCCAGGAGUGUGUGUGUUCUUAUGUUGUACUGCGCAUGCAGAGAGACACUGUGAGGCUGCUGCAUCCGCCGGUUUCCCCCAGAAAGAGCACCUUACCAUAGAGGAAAAGAAAUAGUCUUAUUGCACGUGGGUGUAUAGUCCAGGCCAGAGAUGGUUGUACGGUGUGCGACGGGAGCAAACACACAGCAGUGUCCACAUGCGCCAAACACAGAAAUGAUCCCAAAACACCUUAAGACAAAUAGGUUUUGCGUUGUCUAGCUCCUUAAAAACGAUUUUUGUUGCUGGGAGACUAUCUUCCAUACACGCUCGCACAGACUUCUUCCACUUUUUGGCUAGCCUGGCUCGCUGCUUUACUUUGCUUAUAACAGUAUGUUUUCAUAAUGCCUUUUGCCAGCUCGAGACAAAGAUCAGCCGGUGUCAGCUACUCUCUCCUUUGUUGGCUUUGUUGUACUUUUUGUGAGUCUCAUUAAAGAGACUAGUAAAUGUUUUUCGGCUUCACUCCUUUGCAUCUAGGGUCCAGGCCUACACAGCACAUAACAAUUUCCUUUACAUCUUUAUUAAACACUUCGAUAGCUCCAUAAUACUGUAAAAUAUUAUGUCCUCAGUCUUUAAAGACGGAAAUCCCCCAGGUGUGGUAGCCUGGCUACUUCAGUUUUAUUCUGUAAACUUGCAGCAUCUCUCCCAUGCAGUUGUUUUGGGGGUUUGUGUGCAUUUUUGGCAUGUGCAGCAUUUUUGUUUUGCAGUGGUUUUGCAGCACCUAAAAAUGGUUGAAAAUACCACAUUUCCGAUGGGUCGACUUUUGGCACUUUUUUUUUCCAGGUCUGCACCUGUCACGAAACACAUUUUCUAAAAAGUUUGCUUCAACUUAAUUUUUCUGCUCCAUGAGGUGAGGGGAAACCUCUUACACCCUCAUGGGGUGGGGUACCGGCAGGACCCAAAAAUGACAAAAAACACCACUUUCUGAUUAGUCGACUUCUGGCAUUUUUGGAAAGUCCAUGCCUGUUGCGAAACAAAUUUUAAAAAAUGUUACUUCAACUUCACUUUUCUGGUCCUGGAGGUGGGGGGAAACCUCUUACACCCUCACGGGGUGGGGUCCCAGCAGGACCCAAAAAAGACAGAAUACGGCACUUUCCGAUCAGCCAACUUUUGCCAUUUUUUCAUGGCACUUCAACUGCACUUUUCUGGUCCGGUAGGUGGACGAUACCUUUCACACCCUCAUGGGGGGGGGGUUCCCAGCAGGACCCAAAAAUGACAGAAAACACCACUUUGGGUCAAGUUUCACAUUUUUAAUGUGUGUUUUUGGCCUUGGAUCAUUUCUGCGUUUGCCCCCGUUGGCUACCGUAUGGUUGUCCCCAAUGUAGCCACAAAACGUAUCAAAUCAUCACUCUUUAGCUGGAUAUACACCACUGACAUUGUGGAUUCAGGAGGAUAUUACAAAAAAAACCCACCAGUUUAUUGUACAAGGAAAGGAAAAUCAUUUAUAUUUUUAAGAUAUUUUAUAAAAAAGAAUGGACUUGGGUAAAUAUAUCAUACUAACCUCAUAGUUGUGCAUUUCAGUGUUUGAAAUGCGUUUGACGAUCUGUAGAGCGGUAGAUGCAUUUUUAAUGUACUGGUGUGAACGUCUCUCCCUUUAUCCUUUGUGCAAUACGAAGAACCAAAGACAACUUCUCUCCGAUAGUUCAUGAAGGUGAUACAUGUGUUGAAUAAAUGUCUGAAUACAGUAUUUCAGGGAGCUCGUUUAUUUGCAGGCGAAUGAAGGACACGGACAGACUUUGGUUUGAGUUUUUAAACUUCCAGGAAAACCCAUAACAAGAAGCUCAUUUGAUAUUUUUAGUCAUCCAAUCAUGAUUUUAUAACACUGUCUGCAUCUGUUUUAGAGCUAAUUCAUAAAACAAUGUGUAUUUAGUGAAUGGUAUUUGUGUGCUUUUGCUAAACAGAGACAACCACACACAUCUGUCUAAUGUCACGUUUGUGCAGGCUUUUGUAAGGCAUUAUUUGGCGUUAUUUGGUGAUUUUUCACAGCCAAUCGGCAAAGAAAGGUAAUAAUACUCAUGAAAAAGUUCAACAGUAAUCCCUUGCCACUUUGCGCUCCAUGGUGGUUUUUCUAAAUUAUAUUUAUUAAUAAAUCAUGUUGUUUGGUGGUUGAAUACGGCCUAUUAUUAGUCAUAAAAAUAUAUUAAAUGAAGCAUUUUCAAGCAUACAAAUGGCUAACUGAAGCAAAAUACAAAUAUCAGGCAUUCGGAAGAUGCAUUCAAAGACGUUGCGAUGAUAUGUAGUAUUGUACACUGGUCACUGGGUGUCAGUAAUGUUACUGUAAAACAGGUUUUUAUUGCAGUUUCAAUGGUCUCACAACGGGCACAAUAAUCCUUAACACGGGCUACUGUUGCGGCGGUAACCCACGCAAGCUAAAACUCAACUCUGAACCCCCGACGUCACUUCCUUUACAGCAACAUGUGUGAGCGUGAGUCUUAUUUAUGCCCGAUAUGUCUUACUUUAUCUUAUUAUUUCUACUGUAGGAGAAAAUAAGACAUAUCAGGCAUAAAUAAUAACUGCAUCGCAGUUGGAACAUCGCUCACUCACUCUGUCGCUGUUUCUUGGUUGACUGUGACAUAUGCAUAUUUGAGGACCAGACAUAUAAACAUGUAUAUUUAAGCAAACUGUACAAAUUUUGUUCCCCAAAUUAACCAUUUUCAACCAUAAAAAGUCAUUACAACCACCAUUCAACUUGUGCAUGUAGUCUUCAACAUUGGUCACUAGGUGUCAGUAAUUGUUUGGUGAGAUCAGCACCAAACUUGAUCCGAAACAACAGGCUUUUAUUGCAUGUUUAAAUGAUCUCACAACAGGCUCAAUAAUAAAAACUAGGGGUGUAACGAUUCGUUUUAAUAACGAUUCAAUCCGUAUCAUGAUUCACGGUUGCCGAUACGAUUCAAGGACGAUAUUGGUUCAUUUAGAGCGGUACGAUCCGAAACGAUUCAGUAACCUUAAAUUGAGUCAGUAAAUUUUUAUCCAAAAAUUCAACCAGUGUGACUGUGAAAUAAAUCGAUAUAUGUCGUCCGGAAUGGCAACUUGCCGUACACAGAUCGAUGUAGUUGGAUCAUAGGAAUAUAAAUCAGUACGUCGAUGUAGUAGAUGAAUCGUUACACCCCUAAUAAAAACAUAAUAAUAAUCAUAAUAAUAACAACAACACAGGUUACUGUUGUGGCUAAAACUCAACUCUGAGCCACUGACGUCACUUCCUGUCUGCCACCCAUUAUGCUCCCCUGCAAGGUAGACUGUCUUAAAUGGUUUAUUUACUCUUAUUAUAUCUACUAGUUUGGGUAAAACAAAUGUAAAGUUGACUAUAUGGGUGUUAUUUCUUGUCUAGAUGGCUAUAAUAAUGUACAAAAACUCAUUUAGAAGAUCAUAAAUAGGGUUUUCUAUGCCAUAACUAUGCAAAUAUUCCAUUUAUCAAGAAAUUCAUUUAUCACGUUUGGGUGUUGAACCAAUUAACCGCCAUAAACGAGGCACUACUGUAGUGCAAUAAAGUAUGUCAACAUAGUGAAAAUGAAUGAUCAGUAACAGGAGACAGGGUAGAAUGAAAUAAGCUCUGCUUCGUCCUCAUUUGUUUAGACAUGUUGCAAGCAAGUAUGAAAGAAAUAAAAGCGUAAGCAAGAGGGGAGUGGAGGUGAAAUGUGAAUGUGAGCCAGUGGAGAUGUCACCCUGAUUACCGCUGACAUCCAUGAUGACUGCAGCGCUGCACGGACACUACCUUCAAUCAUGAGGCCAAUGCUACCGCCUCCCGCUUCACUCUGUUUCUUUUUUUUUACAAAAACAAAAGAUGACGCCCUGUCGGUGUGACGUAUAGUUCAAUAACACACACUGCGCUCUGUUUUUCAUUCUAAGGACGGCUAUUCCACUUGGGUCUUUUGUGCGCAAUGACGACGCAAAAAUUGCCUGUGGGCGCGAGGAUGCAUGAGUCUAUAAAUACCACAGCAGGCAUGCUAAGUAGCGGGUCUGGGACAGCACAGCGGGCUGGGUUACAGCAAUGCCUUUGGACUAUGGGUGUCAUGGAAGUCUGCAGGAACAAACUUAGUGCAGGUCGACGUACGACUUCUGUUUCUAUGACGACAAUGUUAGCCUAAGUUGGAACCUAAAUUAGAGUAAAUGAACGCCUACGUCACUCACUCUGUACACGGAACACAUGAAGGACAUAUAAAAUACACUCUAAGAUGAACUGAUGAAGGUUGUCUUGGGCACUUGGAAGGGGCGUUGCAAGGGAGGGAGAGACAGGUUUAUUGAGAGGAGGACAUCUCACUUAUGACAGACACCACUACACUUUCAUAGAACCAGAUCCUUUCACAUGUUCAGAGACACCAUCCUCCUGCUUCGCGAUGGUUGCAAUGUUUAGAACGUUUCUCCACUUUUUCGGAGCUUUUUACGAUGUCUAAUUUCCCUUCACUUGUCACGGAAGAGUGUGCUUCAAGCCUGGGACACAUCAUGAAGGGAAAAGGUUCAGUUCAAAUGAGUGAAAGUGACGUCCUUCCUACAUAUUCUUCCGCCGCUUGCGCAUAACUAGCUCUUUUUCUUUUUGGACAGUGUUCAUCAUUUAUGGGAGUGCGUACCCAGUUGUUGAUUUUCAAGAAUAAAACUCAGAAAUUAACCAGAAAAAAGUCAUAAUAUUACCUUUGCCCAAGGCCAAAGGUCACAUACUUCCCUCACCCCCUUUUCAUAGCUGUCUCAGGCAACGCCUGUUACAACCGAGUAUUAAAAUAAUAAAAUAUUACGAGAAUAAGUCCUAAAUUUACGAGAAAAAACUGGUAACUUUAUGUUACAGGCAUUGCCUGAGACAGCUAUGACA